UCCUCUCGGUUCAUUUCGGGGGGCGGAAUUACCGUAACUGGCUGCCGGUGUCUGAUCGGCAGCAAACAAACUUCUCGGGGGGCGCGUUCAAAGCGCAAUUUAAAUGCUUUGCUAUGUGCCUGACUACAAGACCGGGGGAUGUCGGAUCUCUCCAACCUGCCUAUAAUGAUUUACAUUCUGGCCUCGAACACACCCAGUGCGUCGGCUGUCUGUGGAACCUGCCGAUCAGUGGAAUGAUAUUACAUCGUUAUUUAUUAUGUGGAAAAAGAAAGAUCGAUCUACUGGCCAGAUUUAAUAAUGAAUUAUAAACAUGUCAUGAGCUCUUCUGACAUUUUAGCAUACCUAUCAGAAUAGCAUACUCUCGGUUAGGGCGCACGUGUAUAAUAGUAUUACGUAAUGCUCUCCGAUGCUCCAUAAAUGUAUCAUACGGAUGGAAGAAUUAAUAUUCGACAGGUCAGCAGUUGCAGAAAAUAUUAGACGGGAAGUAAAGAAUUGUACUUUCCCGUUAUUACUUGUAGUUAAUAACUACAGUACGUGCAAGUAGCAUAAUAUUUUCUUUUUUUGACAGGCCCAUAAGAUAAAUGUUGCGAAGGUAGAUGAAGGAGAAUGCAUUACGGAGCAUCAGUGUCAGACUGAGGAAGAGGUGACACAGCAGGUUGAGUCAGAAAAGCAUUGUGAUGAUGAUGCAGGGCUGUCACCAGAAAGACUAACCAAUUCAGACUGGGCCAGUACGUUCACACCAUGGCAAGUAGACCCAGUUUCUCAGAAACCAUAAAAAAUAUGCCUAGAGGUGGUUAUAGUGUUUUUUUUAUAGGGCAAAAUUGUAAAGCUGUCCUGGGCCCAGCCACGUACGUGAAGCACCGGCCCUGCUCCUCGAUCUGUUAUUACAUGCACUGUAAAAAAGAAAACGUUAAGACAGCUUAAAUUGCAAGGCUACUUACUGCACUAGGUUUUACAUUUUGAGGCCAACUCGAUCAAAGUUUUGUGUGAUGAAGAAAACCCCUUAUCUUUUAACAAAAAUAUUUGGCCAGAUAAUUUAUCUUUCAUAUGUAUAAAAACUUAAAAAUUUUAGUCUUACGUACUAAGAAUUCCAAACAAUGAAAGUUGAGCCGACUUUGUCUUUCAUUCAGAUGAUUUAUCUGUCAGACUGGCAAGUGACCGGGAAUCUGCCCCCCCCUAAAAAGAAAACACUCUGGACUCUGACCCACAGGAACAACUACCUCUGCACUAUGCCAAUUGCACACAUCUGUUACCAUUAUUAUUAUUAAAAUUUCAGCUGCUAUUAUUGAAUGUCUCAGCACAUAAACACUUUAUAAUACUGGAAACACUUAUUAUUACACUCUAAUUUCUAAGAGUAUAUGCCUUAAGCUACCUGCACUUUAUAUACUGUUACUCAGUAGUUAGGAUGUGUUUUUUGUUGUGCCUUUGCACUUUGCUGUUUGUCCUAUCCGGUCAUGUCUUGUCGUGUCUUGUCUGCGCAUGGGACAGUGAGGAACGUAAUUUCGAUUUUUUUGUAUGUCUAGUACAUGUGAAGAAAUUGACAAUAAAGCUGACUUUGACUUUGAUGAUGCUUAAGCAAACGCAUUGCGAGUGUCGAGUUUAAACCGGCCCUUAGAGCUGAAGCCUUUUGCUGGGCAGCUUCUGUAACCGCCCACUUCCCUGUAGACCAGUGGAGGGGAUGUGUAUCUGGGAGUAACUGACUGGGUGAAUCGUUGCAGCCCGAAAGCUGAGUAGUGAAACCAACAGAUACAAACAAUUUAGAGAGCAAGGUCAUUUCAAACUUGGAAGAAGAGCUCAUUUGGGGGCCAUUUUGGGGUAGCAUGUGGCUCUGUGCCCGUGAUCAGAAAGUUGCUGGUUUGAGUCUGGCCUUGGCACAUCUGCAGGUCCUUCAGUAAGGCCCUUAACCCCCAGCUCUCUGGGUGCUGCUGUGGGUGGCUGCCCUUCACAGCCAGCUUGCUUUGACUUAUGAAGGGCAAAUUGGGGGGAGGCAUAAAGAGAAUUUCCCCAUGGAGACCAAUAAAGUGUCUAUUAUUAUUAUUGUAGUCUGUGACAAAUACAGUCCUCCAGAGCAUAUAGUUGGAAAGGUGCUUAAAAGUGCUCAUGUCAGGGGCUACACACUUUUUUGACACAUGGUAGAAUACAGCCAAUAGUUAUUAGUCCAAAUGAUCAGUGAACAUCUCUGCCUGUGAUUAUAAACUGCCUGCGUGUGAAUAAAAACUGCCCAGUUUGCUUUGGUUGAAAGACAUUACAGCUGGUAAACUGACUUUUGAAUAUAAAGCUAACAUUACUUUUGGUUUUUAUUACAGAGUCAGACUGUGAUGCACAGGAACUGGUUUCUUUCCAGCCAAAAUCAUCUAAGUAAUGGCUCAUCAUUCCCAUGGAGAGACCCAGACCUCGCUCACCGACCUCUUGGAGGAUUACCUGGAGGAGCUCGAUGAUGAAGAGCUGAAGAAGUUUAAAUCGAAACUGAGUCGCACAAAAUAUAAAGAGUUAAAGCCCCUUUCCAGGGCUCAGAUGAAGGACUUGGAUAGAACAGACCUCGCCGACAAGAUGAUAAGUUCCUACAGUGAAGUUGAUGCUCUCAAUGUCAUGCUUGAAAUCUUGAAGAAAAUGAACCUGAAUGAUCUUGCUCAGAGAAUGAAUGAAGACCUGCAGCAGGGAAUGUAUCCCAACAUGCCCAUGUAA